AUGGAUUCGUUUUUUGUCGUCCGUUGUAUUCAAAAUUUGAAGCUUCUUAACGCCGUCUUAAUUUUAUACAUAAUUUCCCAACCUGAAUUUUGCCAGUGUGACGAUGCCGCGCUAACGCCCGACGACAUCGCCACGCUGCCAAUUACGAUCGCGUCUUACGGGCCGGAUGUCGCCCGGGCCAAGAAAUACGUCUACUUGUCCGGAGCCGCCUACUGUUUCAACAUUCCCGCCUGGAAGUGUCCGUACUGCAAGAAAUCGCAAAGUUUUGGGUAUGAUUUCGACGCGCUGAUUGUCAACAAGGAGGCCAACACGCUGGCUUUUAUCGCGGUUAACAAGAAGCUCAAAGAGAUCGUGGUUUCGUAUCGUGGAACGCUAAACAUGCAGAAUCUGGUGCAGGACAUCCAUCCUUUCGUUGUAAGCAUUGAGGCAGGGUCUAGUCCCCUCGAGAGGGGUAAGAGCAAAGGACCCGAGAUGUGGGUCCACACAGGCAUGAUUAAUGCGACUAACUCCCUCUACCCGGAAGUAGUGGAAAAAUUGGGAAAGGUGCUGAAAAAGAAUGGCGACUUUGAUCUGGUGGUGAUAGGACACAGCCUCGGCGCGGCGGAAGCCUCUCUCACCCUUUUCCUUCUAAAAGAAGGACUCGGACUUCCCAAAGAUUUUCCAACUCCGAAAUCUUACGCGUAUUUCGGCUACGGAACUCCCCGGGUGGGAAACAAGGCCUACGCGGACUACUGGAACGCUCAAGCCAUGCAAAUUACCCGGGUAGUAAAUAAGGCGGAUUUCGCCGCGUAUACGCCCCAAGCUCUGGGUGGGUAUGUACAUAACGGGAACGAAUUGUGGAUUAUGCCGACCGGAGGGGAAAGAGUGUGCUCCAAGGAGGUCUACGAAGAUCCAUAUUGUGCCAACUCCAUGGCCGCCUUGUCGAAUGUGCAUGACCAUUUGCACUAUUGGGAUGUUCACUUUUUGUCCUGCGCAGGAGCAGAUCCGGUCGCCACGGCGAAACAAUUCGUCAUUGAUAUGCCUUCAUGA